UUACACAUUUUUGAUGAUUUGUUUAGUUUAUACAAUUUUUUUGUAAGAAUGUUUUAUCAUAACAGGCUAAUAAAAUAUUUGUAAUGAAGCCGAGAAUCAAUUAAAUAUUGAAAUUUAUAAGGCGAAUUAGAAAACAUGGAGAGUUAUGUCGUAUCAUCUUUUAUUGGUGAAGGUUCUUUUGGUCGUGUUUUCAAAGCAAAGCACAAGGAAACCGACGCUAUUGUAGCACUUAAAGUUAUAAGAAAGAAAGGGCGUUCUUCAAAGGACUUAAAGAACCUGCGUCAAGAAUGCGAUAUACAACGGCAACUUAAUCAUCCCAAUAUUAUACGCAUGAUAGAUAGUUUUGAUACAGAAUCAGAGUUGGUUGUGGUGACAGAGUAUGCUGACAAAGAAUUACAUAGUAUAUUGGCUAAAGAAGGGUGUUUAAAUGAAGAGCAAGUGAAAAAAAUAACAUGGGACUUAGUUUCAGCUUUGUACUAUUUGCAUUCACACAGAGUGCUUCAUAGAGAUCUGAAACCACAAAAUGUAUUGAUAGAUAGUACUGGCCGUGCAAAGCUCUGUGAUUUUGGUCUUGCAAGAAUAAUGACCAAUUCUACUCACAUCCUUACAUCUAUAAAAGGCACACCUUUGUAUAUGGCACCGGAAUUAAUUGAAGAAAAGCCUUAUGAUCAUCAAGCAGACCUUUGGUCUCUGGGAUGCAUAGUAUAUGAAUUGAUGGCAGGCCAACCACCAUUCUGCACCAUGUCUAUCUGGCAGCUGGUCAGGAUGAUCAAACAUAAGCCUGUCCAGUGGCCUACAUUCAUUAGUACAGAGGCUCGCUCCUUUCUGCAGGGGCUCCUUCACAAGGACCCAAUGAAGAGAAUGAGUUGGCCAGAAAUCUUGAAGCACGACUUUGUGAAUGGUCAUGUUCUCAUUUUACCAGAAGAUGUACAAAGCGAGUCCCCAUUCACAAAACCUUUGACCCAUAGCCAGCAAGAGGCGAAGCAACUACAGAGAGAUAAAAUUAGUAAUACUGCAAGACUGAAACAUGAAGAGGUACCGAUAAAAUCUGACACGCGUGAGCACGACCUGCGCAACGUUCGCGGCGCGAUGCAAGCAGUGGAAUGUGUGCCCAUGUCGGAUGACGACAGUGUGAGAGCCACGAGCGCUUUCAGUGUCAGAGACAGUCUGAAGACCGACGACGAAGACCAACCACAACCAAUAACAGCAGCCAACGCCAAACUGCUACGACACGAAUAUAAUGUCAUGAAUAAUUCCAAUCUAGUUGUCUGUAAUCUUGAAAAAAAUAUGGCUCAGCUGAUGGCUACCAACAAGAAACAAAAUGAUAACAAUAAAAUGGACAAAAUAGAUGAAGAAAAACAAAAUAUAGAAAAAACCGAGGAGACGAAAAUAGUCGCUGAUGAUAAUCAGGCAGAAGCAAAGCAGAAAAUUAAAUCGACCGAUACUGCAUCACAGAGUUUAGAGAAUCCUAAAAGUUCGACAAAAUGCAGUAGUGAUGUAAGUUCUGGUCUCAGCAAAAGUGUUCCUCCCUCGUAUAAGCAGAAAAUAUUACAGUUUUCACGAGACAAAUUGCGAUUCGGCAGUGGUGGUAACCGAUUGACGAGAAGUAUUAAAAGGUCAUUUCAUUUUAGCAGAAGUUGGGAUAAAAAUAAGGGCGAUAAUGGCCAAAGGCGUACGAGUGAGCCUGCAGUUGAAAUUCCUAAUAUUAUAGACGCUGAUAAGGAAAAAUGUUCCAAAGAGGAAAAAGAUGAAGAUAUUGAGAAAUGUGAGGUCAUAGACGAGACGUCGGACGAAAAAGAAGUUGCUAACAAUGAUGUGAUUGUAAAGCCAGAAGAAAAGCAUGAAGUUAAAGAACCAUCUAGCAUUGAACUAGAAGAGUGGGAAGCAUUUCUUAAUUCAAAUAUCAAUGAGGUCAUGAAUGGAGAUGUAGAAUCUUUAACUCAACUCAAUAUGGUGAGCAUGGUGAUCGGCGUGGUGGGCAGCGCGGCGCGCGGCGGGCGCGGCGCGCGCGUGUGCGGCGCCGUGGCCGCGCUGCUGGCGCUGCCCGCGCUCAGCCACACGCUGCCCAGGCACACGCUGCGCGACAUACAGGACGUUUACUUAGAAGCGAAAGUGGUGUUCCAUUUUGUGGCAGCCAUCAACACCUUGAUGCAAAACAGCGGCGACUCCGAUGAGUUCUCCGAAGAUAUGCUGGAGGGAGUGAGCCGCAUGACGGAGGUGUGUUCGUGGCUGUGCGUGCGCUCGUGCCGCGGCGUGCGACAGUUCGCGACCGCACUCGCCGCGCACAACGCAUACGCACAUUUCACCAAGCUGCUGUCUCUAUAUGCGAAAUCUCCGAGGAUAGUACUUAACAUCAUUGGCCUCUUAAUAACAGUUUUACAAGAUUUUCCUGAACACGCCGACGUGGUAGAGAAGAUACUUUUUGACGAUGACAACUUUAACUUCCUCAAUCUCUUAGAACAAAACAACGACUCCCUAAAAAUGAGAGUGUGUGUUUUAAUUAGUCUAUUAUGUACGUUCUGUUGUACUGCGCUUUCCGCUGCCAUGGAAUCGAAGUGGAACAAGAAGCAUAGUGACUGCUUGGAAGCUUUGCACAGUCAUUCUAAUGUAACCUUGAAUAGAGCGGCCAGGUUGGCUACGAAGGAACUCAGCAACAUGCCUUUUUAUGGUAAUUAAAUAAGCAACCUAAGGAGGAUUAGAAGCAUCGUACAAAUUUUUAAAUAAGGUUCUUUGUUAUGUCGAGUUUUCGAAAUAAUGUGUGACAGCAGCAUAACGUUUUAUUUACGACUACAUGCUACUAAUCUUCUAAGGUUGCUUAUCUCUACGUUUUUACAACAAUGGUGAAAAACAGAUUUACUAUAUUUUAUGUAGCAAAUGUCAAAUGUCUAUAAAUUUUAUGCAUAAGUAAAAAACAGAUUCUAGUUACAUAAAUAUAAUAAAUCUUUAAAAUAGAAAAACGAUAUUUAUACCAGCAGCCAUUGGCAUGCUGUAUUGAGAGGUAUGUGCGUGAUUUUGAUAAAAUAUCCAGUGCGUAUACGUCUCGCACAUUUCGGCACGCGUUCUGGGCAUUCUUGUAAUCUAGUUAAUUUGUUUGUGGGCGAAUUGUUGCUAUUCAGCAUUACUAGGCGCUGAACUUUCUAAAGUUUCCACAUAAUACCAGCUAAUCAGAAUAGAACUAUCAAGCAAAUAUAAAAACAUUUAAUUUCUUCUACUCCUUCGUUCAUCCUAAUCAUACGAAGAUAAGCUAGAUAUUUAGCUGUAUGUGCAUUACUAGCUUUUCCUACAACUUCGUUCGCGUUAAUCUAAAUCUCGUUUUUAUUUCCAGACGAAUGUAUCCUAUGUUUUGAUCUUUAAAAACUAAUAUACAAACAAAAUUUUAUCGAAGUGGUACCUUCGUUUUAUGUUUAUAAUAUUAGUAUGAAUGAAUUUAGGCUGUUCACUUGCCGGAUUCACACAGAGCGAGUAGCUUCGUAAGUCCUGCUCCGAAAAGCAGCUCGGUUGUGUACAGUGUUGGCAACCCCAAUGUUAAGUUAAACUAUAGAUAUUGUUAAACCGGAGGGCUUGGUUACACUGAUAGUGCGUCCCUCGUCGCGGCAGCGCUUUCCUCGGCCGAGUGGCACGCACGAGCUGAUUCGCGCGGCAAUUGUUGAGCGACAUAUCUCGCUCUGUGUAAACCAGGACGUCUGUCUUAGCUUGAUAAGAAAUGAUCUCUUUGGCUAUCCGAUAUGAUAGAAAGAGAAAAAUGAUUAGACAUGUCUUGUUAACGCUCGAGAACCCUACCUCCGUAGGUCUACUGAAUAAUUAACUAACAAAUUGAAAUGAAUUCUUUUAAUUCCCUUUUUUAAUCGAUUGUCCUUACUUCCAUCUACUUAUGAACUUUAUAGUACACUUAGCUACGCUCAGGGAGGGAGAUAUCUCAACUUUUCCGUUGUAAUGAAGUAUCAGAAAAUUCAAAUCGAGAAAAGUAUGGUACGGCCAUGCCGCUUUUUUUGCUCGACUUGGCGGGGGGUUAGUUAUAUAAUUAAAACGCCAUUGGAUGAAAUGUUUAUUUGUACUCUUAAUCCAUAUUCCGUCCUGUUAUUUUUACAAAAGUAUAGAUACCAAACACGGAGUUUAAGAGGGAUAGUAGGAGAUGGGCGUAACACAUUUGCUUAAGAAAGAGCUUGUCAUCAGCAACAUGUGACGAAACAAGUCUCCAAAUAAUGAAAUACCCAAAAUUUUAAUUUCCAGAAAAAUUAUUUUAUUUUUUAUUGCCAAGCAUAAAUUCCUUAUUUUCACAAUUUUGCAUUGAGUAUUGGUUUCAUAUUGUGAAAACUCUGGAAAAGGUUGCCAUUCCAAAAGCGACGUCAUGCGGCAAAUAAUAGGGUAGCCACAUGAUUUCUUUCUGCAACAAAUCUACUAGCACAAUAGAACAACUCCUCUAUUCCUCUAAACUCCGUGAUACCUAUCUAUUUUUACUAUAAGAAAUGAAAUAUUUUGGUACACUUAAUUGACAAAAUGUAUUAAAUAAUAUGGAAUACUAGUAGAUAAUGCUAAUUUGUUUAAAUAUAAAGUAGGUGCUCAUCUAAUCAAGUCUUAGGUGCUAUGAUAUCGUACGUAUCGUACGUAUCUAGAAAUUAAGAUUUAACUUUUAUUUAAUUCUAGUUUUACCUUUAUUUUUUUGAUAUAAGACUAUUAGUAUUUCUAACUUUUAAGUCAAUUAGUAUUUCUUAUGAAUUAUUUUGUUUUACCCAUAUGACGACGAUGAUUAAUGACACCUUUGGACAGGUUUUAAGUCGUCUUCUUUCACAUUUAUAAGAAUAGUAUCAUGUAAUAGUAAUAAUGGUAUACACAACAGUAGAUAUACACAACAGAAAAGUAUCAUAAAGUACACAAACAUAAAAGACAAAAACAUUACGUAUAAUUAAUUUUGAUACAAAUAUUUAAAUGCAUUUAUUGUGCAUUUGUGAAAGGAAUUGAUCGAAACUUUUGAGAAAAGGUCAUGAGGUUGUUGACUGCGACCGAAAAAAGUAUUACGAAACGUGCCUAUUAAUUUAAUUUUUUUUAAUUAUAUAUUUUAAAUUUAAUCUUUAUUUUUAUUUCCUUGAAAUAACAUUGGU